AUGGAUUCACUGUGGUGUCCCAUCCUCCUCGCUGCAUUGGCUCUCAGCCUCUGCCAUCCGCCUGCCCUCGCUGACCGAAAAUUUGGUUGCCUGUUUGAGGACGAGCUCUGCACACCAUAUGAGUUCUGCGUCAAUGAUGGAGUAUUUGGAAGGUGCCAGGAGUUGGCCGGCGCAGACCUGUACACAUAUGAUAUUUCUCCCUCUGCGCUGCAACGCCUCAGGAUCCUCCUACAGAAACUGGCUCACAGAGGUUUGACGUGGCAGGAUGACAUCACCCAGCAGGUGAUAUCCAGAGAGCUUUCCAAACUGAGGAGGGUCCCCCUCCGCCGCCAGGCCACGCCCCCCAGCCCCCUGACAUCCUACAGCAGCUCCAGAGACAGGAAGCUGAAGCCUGUGGAGGCAGAGCUUAGUAGGAGUCUUCAGAAGUACCUGACAGACCUGAGCUUCCUGUCACAGCCUGAGGCACUUGGACAACCCGGAGUCCAACGUGAGGGAGGCACCAAUCAGAAUGAAGACAUCAGAUCUGAUGGCCAUUUGGAUUCCAGCCAGCCAAAGCCCCAGUCGGGCUGGAAGACGACCACUAUCUACAGCCUUCAGAAAGGAGCUGGCCAGACUCCAGUUACCAAAGUCUUUACCCAGAGUGGAGAGGGCAGGCAUCCUCAUCUCGCUCCAGCCCACUCCAACCAGGACUCAGAGAGGAGCAGGCCUCUUUCCAGACAACUGGAACGCCUUCUUGCUGGAGUAACAAGCCCCCAGCAGGGCAUCUCAGCUGGUGAGGCUCCAUGGCCCAAAGGAAAGCUCCACUACCUCAGUUACAUCCGACCAGCUCCCACUGACCAUGCAGAGCCCCAGUCUCAGGUGGCUUUUGGCUCCAAAACCCCAAGGCCUAAUCUGGACAGACUUCUGUUCAAGGCUGGUUCUAACCAUCUGACCGCCAAAGAGCCUCUCAGUGUCAUGGACGAGCGAUUCAUCCAGAAUGUGGUGAACCAGCUGGGAAGCCACAGCGUCAACAUGGAGGCUUUCAUGGGCAAAGACCUGGACCAGCUGGCUGGGGUCAUCACAGGAGCUCUGCAGGUGGUGGAUGAGGAGCAGCCCGGGGCUGGGGCCUGGCCAGGGCCAGGAGCCACAGACUCCGGGGGGGACAGGGAGGGUAAGAGGAAGCCACCGGUAACCGUGGAGCUGGAUCAAGACCAGGACCGAAAAUCAGUUAAAGGGCAGGAUCUAGACGAGGAAGACACACUGAGAGGAAACCUCCAAGGCCAACAAAUAGACGGUGCACACAAAGAGCCUGUUGACAAGCAUGCAGCCUUCCUCUCCAAGCUGUUGGACUACCUUAACCUGGAGCCUUUCGGUGAAACUCGAGAGGCCAGCAGUCAAGCAGAGGUCAACAGCGGCAGACCACCAGCCUCCAGCACCGGCCAGAAAAAAGUUGGACUGGAGAACGUGCAGAGCCGCACGACCCAGGGCCAGGUCCCCGUGCCCCAUCCCUGGGAGGAGAGGAACAUUGCCGUGCCGGAGAAGGCUGGCUCCGCCCUGCAUUUAACCGGGGGCUCUGAGGGGCCCGAUGCACAGGUGGACUCGGAGGUGGAGAAGUGGAUCCAGCGGAUGGGGGCCACAGCUGGGACGAAACAGCUGGAGGAGCCGCAGAAGAAGGACAUGAGAGUCAAAACCCAGUUGGUUCACGUGGGGGUGAAGGAGUUCUCCAGCAGGGGGAAGGACAGACACUUUGGCUACAUUAUCACCGACUCAGACUCCCUCCCCACUGACCAGGGCUUGGACCUGAUGGAGCGCCUGGCACAGACACUCAACCUCCACGCCACCGACCUCACUCAGCUCUCUGUCCUGGGUCCUGCGCUGACUUUCAGAGUUGGGCCAAACCCGAAGAAUGUGACCACAGCAGAUAUGGUUCAAGCUGCAGUCCAGCAGAAGCAGCAGCUGGAGAAGCAGACUGGCCUGAAGAUACUGGAGGCUGGAGUUAGUGAUAGGGGCAGCCUGACCCAGAUCCCCGUGGUGAAGGAGACCAGGGUGGAGUCGGGCCAGUUCCUGCUGCUUUCCGUCCUCUGCAUGCUCUUCAUCCUGGUCGUGCUGGCAGUAUCCGCCACUUUCUUCUGCCUGCGACAGCGAUCCCACCUCCGCAUGAAGGAGAAGCUGGCAAGCCUGGGGACUGACACUGGCACUGAUGCAACCGCAACCUAUCAGGAGCUGUGUCGCCAGCGAAUGGCAAUCCGGACGUCGGAGCGCGUCGAACGUCCGGAGACGCUGCGCCACUCACGGCUCAACAGCGUGUCGUCCCAGUUCAGCGAUGGGCCUGCGGCCAGCCCGUCAACCCGCAGCAGCACCUCCUCUUGGUGCGAGGAACCAGUUCCUUCCAACAUGGACAUCUCCACUGGACACAUGAUACUGUCGUACAUGGAGGACCACUUGAAGAACAAGAACCGUCUGGAGCGGGAGUGGGAGGCCCUGUGCUCCUACCAGGCAGAGCCCAGCGCCUGCGAUGUGGGCCAGGGCGAGCAGAACACCAAGAGGAACCGCUCGGACGCCGUGGUCGUAUAUGAUCAUUCCAGAAUCACCUUGAAAGCCGAGAAUAACCACGGCAACUCAGAUUACAUCAAUGCCAGUCCAAUAAUGGACCAUGACCCUCGCAACCCUACUUACAUCGCCGCACAAGGCCCACUUCCCUCCACGGUGGCAGACUUCUGGCAGAUGGUGUGGGAGAGCGGCUGCGUCGUCAUCGUCAUGCUGACCCCGCUCUCCGAAAACGGCGUGAAACAGUGUCACCACUACUGGCCUGACGAGGGGUCUGAUGUCUACCACAUCUACGAGGUCAACUUGGUGUCAGAGCACAUCUGGUGCGAGGACUUCCUGGUGCGCAGCUUCUACCUGAAGAACCUGCAGACCAACGAGACGCGCACCGUCACCCAGUUCCACUUCCUGUCCUGGAUGGACCGUGGGAUCCCGGACUCAGCCAGGACGCUGCUGGACUUCCGCAGAAAGGUUAACAAGUGCUACCGGGGUCGAUCUUGUCCGAUAAUUGUUCACUGCAGUGAUGGAGCUGGCAGGAGUGGGACUUACAUUCUGAUUGACAUGGUCCUCAAUAGGAUGGCUAAAGGUGCUAAAGAGAUUGAUAUUGCCGCUACCCUGGAGCACUUGAGAGACCAGCGAGCUGGCAUGGUCCAGACAAAGGAGCAGUUUGAGUUUGCGCUGACAGCCGUGGCAGAGGAGGUGAACGCCAUCCUGAAAGCGCUUCCUCAGUGAAGGCUCGAGCUGCACCCCCACCUUCCUCUCGCUCACUGAGCAGCGGCUCCUCUGCCCACUCAAGACUGACAUCUCUCUCUGCCCGUCCUCUACUUAGCUCCCUCUCCUCUGUCUGUCUCUCUCUCCCUCUCUCUCUCUCUCUCUCUCUCUCUCUCUCUAUCUUCUCCACUAUAUAUACUUAUGAAUGUUGUGCCAGAUAUCUCACCUGGAUCCAUAUUCACAAAUUGCCUUAGAGUAUGACUGUUGAUCUGGGGUCAGCGUCGUGUUUAGCGGUGAAUAAGAUUGUCGUAUGAUUGUAAGGACAGGCGGGGCGGUGGGGCCUGAUCUGCCAACUUCGAUCAGCACUCCUACUAUGAGACCCUUUGUCAAUAUGAACCCUGGUCCUCCAUAAGUGUGAUGUAUGAAGAUGUUACUGAACCUACUGUUCUAGUGCCACUAACAGCUAUUUCAAUGGCGUCAAGUGAAGAUUUUCUUUCCAAAAUGAGAUAUCCAACACUGGUGCAAAUAAUAAAAAAAAGUGCAAAUUAUUUCGCUUUGGAAAGGAUAAUAGGCAAGGUAAAUUAAGACCUUGCCAAAAAAAAAAAAAAAAAAAAAAAAUGAAAAUACUUAAGACUUAUUGCAUAAAUUGAGAUGUUGGAUGAUCAUGUUUGAAAAGAGGAUAUAAAGCGUUCUGGAAAUAAACUCUUCACAUGUUUCUGUUCCUCUGUGAUCUGAAUAAACUACUAUAUACCCAGCAUCACAUGCAUAGAUGUUGAUGUGUGUGUAUUGUAUUUUGAGCCCAGACAUACGAGUCCUGUAUUACUAAAAGAGAGGUGCUCUGGUUGUUUUAAAAGCCUCUCAAAUGAUAAAAAUCUUUUAUUGACUUAUGCAUUCCUCAUUGAUAUUGCCUCCAUUGUUUCACACCAUGAAUUGUUUGUUGCACAAACAUUUCUUUUAAUAUCAGUGUGAUAGACGUAAACAAAUUUCUGAAAUAGUGACUGCUUCCAUUCAGAAAUACUGUUAUGUCAUUGUGUAUUGAUACUAACAGUAUAUUUAAGAAGAAAUUAUAUUGACAUGGUUGUUACAUUUGUUUGUCCCUCCAUCACUGGUAUAUUGUGAUUUUUUUGUGCAACAUGACAGGUUAUUCUCUCUAUGUAUAGACAAUGAAUGACUUUAUGAAUCCCUAUAGUGCUAUCUGAAAUAUAUAUAUUGAGAGCCUCAAGGAAAACUAUAUAUUUUGUGUGGAAAAAGUAACAUUCAGAUUGUUAAUAAAUCAUAGUACAGAUUGUA